AUGGAACUGGAGCUAAAGCUGAAUUUACAGAAGGGGAGAGGGGUUCAAACUGUGCCAAAUGCCAGUACUGCUGUCAAUGGCUUAGUGACUGUUGUCAUUUCUACUAUAGAGAAACGUUAUGACUUGAACAGUUCUCUGACCGGACUAAUAGCCUCUAGCUAUGAUAUUGCUUUCUGUCUUCUGUCACUUUUUGUUUCUUUUUAUGGACAAAGAGGACAUAAACCAAGAUGGCUUGCCUUUGCAGCAUUAAUGAUCGGGUUAGGUUCUAUUGUUUUUUCCUUGCCCCACUUUACAAGUGGAAGUUAUCAGUAUGGAAGCAAAAAUAGAGAUUUCUGUGAAAUAUCAGGAUCUAAUAGCACUGGAGCGGAAUGUGUGAACAAACAAGGCUCUUCUCUCUCAAACUACCUUUAUGUGUUUAUUCUGGCUCAGCUGCUAAUGGGAGUAGGUGGAACUCCCUUAUAUACUCUGGGAACUGCCUUUUUUGAUGAUAGCCUUCCUACACAUAAGUCAUCCUUAUAUAUAGGGAUUGCUUAUGGGAUGUCGGUUGUGGGGCCUGCAAUUGGAUACCUGAUAGGUGGACAGUUAUUAAACAUAUACAUUGAUUUUGAUAACGGAGAAAGUGUGAGCAUCAAACCCGAUGACCCACGGUGGCUUGGAGCAUGGUGGAUAGCAUUUUUAAUUAUUGGGCUGGCUACAUGGUUACUAAUUGCUCCUUUCUCUUGUUUCCCAAAACAUUUGCCUGGAACUGCAAAAAUACAGUCUGAAAAAAUAUCCCAAGCACAUAACAAUGGAAGUGAAAAUAUUGUAGAACAAAACAAUCUUGGUAAAAGCUUCAAAGAUUUUCCUUUGGCACUUUUGCUGUUGCUAAAAAACCCAGUGCUGAUGUCUUUGACAUUUGCCAGCUGUACAGAUGCUUUGAUCACUACUGGAUUUUCAACCUUUCUUCCCAAAGUUAUUGAAAAUCAGUUUUCACUGACAUCAAGUUUUGCAGCUAUAUUGGGAGGUGGUGUUCUCAUCCCAGCAGCAGCAAUUGGCCAAAUUAUAGGAGGCCUCAUUAUCUCUAAAUUUAAAAUUGAAUGUAAAAAUAUAAUCAAGUUCUCAAUCAUUUUCUCAGCCAUUUCUUUAGCACUCUGCUCAGUAUUUCUUUUUGCGAAGUGUGGAAAUGAUCCAUUCGCUGGAGUUUCUGUCCUUUAUAAUGAGACUGGAACGAUUGGAGAAGUAGAAGCUCCGUGUAAUAAUGAGUGCAACUGUGCACGCUCUUUUUAUGAUCCAGUUUGUGGAUCUGAUGGAAUUCAAUAUUUUUCUGCCUGCUAUGCAGGUUGUAUUAAUGUUACGGUUAAUGGUGACAAAAAGGUUUUUAGUAACUGUGAAUGCAUAAGAGAACGCAUCCCCAAAAUACCAGAUUUUGGAAUCGUCUUCAAUGGUUCAACCGCUUAUUCAGGAAUAUGUGAUACAAGGUGUAAAAACCUACCCUUAUUUAUGUCAUUUUUCUUUUUUGUGGUUAUUACUACCUUUAUGACAGCUACUCCAAUCACUAUGGCCAUUUUAAGCUUGAUAAAUGGGCCUGUUGGAGUACAGUGGUCUUUUAUUCGACUAUUAGGUUCGAUUCCUGGACCAAUUGUCUUUGGUGUUAUAAUAGACAGUACUUGUAUUUUAUGGAAUCUGAAUGAUUGUGGGGACAAGGGAGCCUGCUGGAUAUACAAUAAUACAAAAAUGUCCUACAAUUUAGUCGCUAUCAGUGCCGUCUGCAAAGUCGUAACCAUCGCUUUUCUCUUUGUAGCAUUUUGUAUCUACAAAGCCCCAGCAAACAAACCUAAUGAGAAAGAAGAAAACAAAACAAUAAUCUUGUCUGCAUCCUUAUAAAUUAUAUUAAAGAAUCAAAGAACCAA